AUGGCCGGGAAAACCAUCGUCAUCGACCACGGCUCUGCGUUUCUGAAGGCCGGCCUGUCCGGCUGGAACGAGCCCCAGAUGAUCCUCCCCAGCGUGGUGAACUACAUCCCGUGCCGGGAGAACCCUGGCCCCAGCUACGCCCGGCGGCGCGUGAGCCUGGGCGUCGACCUGUGCCACCCCGACACCUUCAGCUACCCCAUCGAGCGCGGCCGCGUCCUCAACUGGGAGGGCGUCGAGCACAUCUGGUCCUUCGUCCUGGAGCGGCACCGGCAGGAGUGCGAGGACGCCCCGGUCAUCGUCACCCAGACCCCGGGGCAGGGGCCGGCGGACCGGCACAGGACGCUGGAGGUCAUGUUUGAGCUGCUCGAUGUCCCGGCCCUGCUGCUGCCCAACCAGAUGGAGAUGUCGCUGUACGCCUCGGGGCUGCUCACCGGCACCGUGCUGGACUCUGGCUAUGGCCUGACCCGCGUGCAGCCCUUCCACCUGGGCCGCACCUCCCCCUCCAGCUGCAAGACCAUGGAGUUUGCCGGCCAGGACCUCGCUGCCUACCUCCGCAAGAGCCUCUUCAAGGACGACUGCGACCCGCACAACCUCUUCCAGCUGGAGACGGUGACCGGCACGCAGAUGGGCAAGUGCUACGUGCCGCAGAACCUGGGCGAGGCGCUGGACUUCUGCCAGAGCCUGCCGAGCGGCGCAGACGAGAGCAACACCUACCUGCUGCCCGACGGCACGUCCGCCGAGCUGACGCCCAUGCAGCGCCUGGCGCCCGAGAUGUUCUUCAGCCCGCAGGUGUUCGACCUGCCGGGGCCCAGCGUGCCCGACAUGGUGGUGGAGUCCAUCAAGACGUGCGAGGCCUCCACGCACGAGCAGCUCAUCUCGCACGUCAUGGCCUGCGGCGGGAACACGCUGUACCCCGGCUUCACCAAGCGCCUGCAGAAGGAGCUGUCGGCCGAGCACUUCGCCUCCGCCAAGGCCACGCUCUGGGUGGGUAGCAACAGGAAUUUCAGCGUCUGGCUCGGGGCGUCGCUCAUGGCCCACCUGUCCACGUACAAGUCGGAGUGGAUGACCAGGGAGGAGUACGACGAGGGGGCCCGGGUGUGA